AUGAACGAGCCCGUCCCGCUCCCUGGCUCAGGCUCAGGCUCAACGGUAACGAUGCCAAGCCUCGGCCUCGGCGUCUACCAGCUCAGAGGGGAAGAAUGCUUCGCUGCCUGUCUGGCGGGGUUAGAGGCCGGGUACCGGCACGUCGAUACCGCGCAGCUGUAUGGGAACGAAGGGGAGGUUGGGAGGGCUGUUGGGGUAGGGGGAGUCAAGAGGGAGGAUCUGUUUUUGACGACCAAGGUUGGCCAGUGGGAUGGCGACGGGGAGAAGAUGUAUGAGAGUGUCUCGAGGAGUGUGAUGAGAAUUGCUGGGGAGAAGGAGGGAGGGUACGUUGACUUGAUUCUCGUACAUCGUCCCGUUGCGCGGUGGAGGGAUAUCUGGAGCGUGCUGGGAAGGUUUGUGAGGGAGGGUAGGGCGAGGGCGAUUGGGGUGAGUAAUUUUGGCAUUGAGGCGCUGGAGGAGAUGAGGAAGGGUUGCGAGGGGGUGUUGCCGUGUGUGAAUCAGAUUGAGCUCCAUCCGUGGUGUCAACAGCGGGAACUAGUCGCCUACUGCCAACAAAACGGCAUCGUGGUACAAGCGUACAGCCCUCUCGCGCGCGGACAACGGUGGACGGACCCUGUGUUGAAAGAGGUCGUAGAGCGGGGUACAGUCACGCCGGCGAAGGUGCUGAUCCGUUGGUCUCUGCAGCGCGGAUUCGUGCCGCUUCCGAAGAGCGCUGGGGUGGAGAGGAUCAGGGAGAAUGGGGACGUAUUUUGGUUCGAGCUUGAUGAGGCCGAGAUGGACUUGUUGGAUGGAUUGGAUUUGGGGGCAGCAGGGGCGCUGUUUCCUAAGAAUGUGAGUUGA